UUAAUAACAUAUAAAAAUACACUCAUAUAUAUAUUAUAUAUAUAUAUAUAUAAAUAUAUGGGGAGGCAGCCAUGUUGUGACAAGCUAGGAGUGAAGAAAGGACCGUGGACGGCGGAGGAAGACAAGAAAUUGAUAAACUUUAUAGUGAAAAACGGCCACUGUUGCUGGAGGGCUUUGCCGAAGCUGGCCGGUCUCCGUCGCUGUGGGAAAAGCUGCCGUCUACGGUGGACCAAUUAUCUACGACCUGAUUUGAAGAGAGGUCUUCUAUCCAACGCUGAGGAACAGCUAGUCAUCGACCUUCAUGCUCUACUCGGCAACAGAUGGUCCAAGAUCGCUGCAAGAUUACCAGGAAGAACAGACAACGAAAUAAAAAAUCAUUGGAAUACUCAUAUCAAGAAGAAGCUCCUUAAGAUGGAAAUCGAUCCUAUGACACAUCAACCUUUAAACAAAGUAUCUACCGAUAAAAAAGCAUUCCAUAAAUGUGAAACUUCAUCGAAAGCCGGCAGUGUAAAGAGAAAUGAUAGUAAAAGCAAAGAGAUCGAUGGGACAACGAUGAUAAAUUCCAUAGAUGAAAGUAGCACUAUCAGUCAUCAAAAUAGUCCACAUGUUGAUUACGAGUUACUCGGUGAUAUUAUUCAUAACGAUGACGAUUUGUUUAAUAUUCUAUGGAACGACGAUGAGCAUCCUCUAGUCGAUGCGUCAUGGAGCAACAAUAAUGUCGAUGGUGGUGGUUCGGCGGCAGAAAAUAAUAACUUUUCCGCCGGGGAGGAUUUUCCGACAUGGCCAUCGGAGGAAAAGAAUGUUGAGAGUCAGAUGUUUUUGGAUUAUUGUCAAGAUUUUGGUGUUCAAGAUUUUGGUUUCGAAUGUUACCAUGAUUUUGGUCAGAGCUCAAUAGAGCCUGGUCACAAGGAUUAGCAUUUGCAAGCAUAUACAUAUACGCACCUUUUUUAUGUAUAUAAUAUAUAUUUACGCAUAUCAUAGAAUCAUAGUAACA